AGCUCCUCGAAUCGCAGUUUCACUUGAGUUUUGUUGAAAAGAUGACCCAUUCGUAAAAGUUUUUUGAGAGUCCAAAAUACUACCACUGACGAUCGUGGCAAAUUCAGAAUGAUGUUCAUUUCUAUCACUCUUGCUAUAUGGCUUGCCAUUUCUCAAGUUCAAUGCUUAGUACAGAAAGACGAUGUGGGUAAACUUCCAGCUUUGGGGUGGAAUUCAUGGAAUGCUUUCGCCUGCGACAUCAACGAAACCAAACUCUUGACAGCAGCCAACCAGAUCGUGAGCCUAGGCCUUAAAGAUUCCGGCUACGAGUAUGUUAAUAUCGACGACUGUUGGGCCGUGAAAUCUGGUCGCGACAACAAAACCGGCCAGAUAAUUCCUGACCCCAUCAAAUUCCCCUCCGGAAUCGACGGACUUGCAAAAUCUAUCCAUUCUCUGGGGUUAAAAAUAGGUAUUUACGGUAGCGCUGGAACCGAGACAUGUGCUGGAUAUCCUGCCCAGCUCGGACAUGAAUAUCUCGACGCUGCGACUUUCGCCGCCUGGGGCAUCGAUUAUUUCAAGUACGACAAUUGCUACGUACCAUCUAAUUGGACAGAUCCAUACGACGCUUGUGUACCUGAUCAAUGGCAGAAGUAUGGACCCUUUGUCAAUGGUACUUGCGCAAAGUCAAGCACUGAUGCUCCCACGGGUUACAAUUGGAGCACGAGCAACACGGCACAUCGAUAUGCCAUUAUGCGCGAUGCGUUACUUGCUCAAAAUAGGACGAUUCUAUACAGUCUAUGUGAAUGGGGACAAGCAGAUGUUGUAACCUGGGGAAACGCAACAGGAAACUCUUGGAGAAUGUCCGGAGAUAUCAAUCCGUGGUGGGCGCGCGUCGCCGAAAUCCUGAAUGAGAACACCUUUCUCUUGAAUAGUGUCAAUUUCUGGGGUCAUAACGAUAUGGACAUGCUCGAGAUCGGAAACGGUAAUCUUACUUUGGCUGAGAGUAGAUCACACUUUGCGUUUUGGGCAGCGAUGAAAAGCCCUUUGAUCAUCGGGACCGCUCUAGAUGUUCUACCUGCGACCCAUGUGGCUAUACUUCGAAACAAGUAUUUGCUAGCUUUCCAUCAAGAUCCACUAUUCGGAGCACCAGCAACGCCUUAUAAGUGGGGUACCAAUCCAGAUUGGACUUUCAAUGCCACCAACCCAGCUGAAUAUUGGAGCGGGGAGAGUUCCCAAGGCACGUUGGUCCUAGCUUUGAAUACUCUCGGUACGAAAGCACCAAAGACGAUUGUAUGGAAAGAGGUUCCACAUUUGGAGAAAGAGCACGAUGCCUUCCAGGUUACAGAUAUUUGGUCGGGAGAGAGUUUAGGUUGCGUUUCAAAAGGGAUUGAAAUCAAGGUGGAAGCUCAUGAUACAGUGGGAUAUAUUGUGGGCGAGAAGUGCGCUCCCAUGUUUAGUUCGUGAUGUAGAGCUUGAGUUGAAAAAGCGAUUUCUGUACGAAAAUUGGUCUUGAACGGAGAUUUGAUUGAUCUUGAACCACGAUUCAUGGAACUUUCCAGAG